CUGUGUCGAGUGAUCCGACUGAUUGCCGUCCGGCGGUUUCCCCGACGGAACGCGACGCGUCUCUUAUCAGCGACGGUCCGGCAACGCCGCACCAGGUGUUUCACCAACAACUGUUGCAAAAUGGCUGACGAUAAUAAAACUAUUGUCGCGGUAAAAUACGAACGCCUCUGCGACGUCCGCGCACGGCACUACGACUACAGUGACGAGGACUUCGGAGGAAGUAAACGAUAUUGUUUCCCCGAGCUCCCGACUUCCCGUCGUCGUCCUGCAACAAGCAACUACGCAAGUAAUCCGGAAAUGGCUCGAGCACAAUACGCUGUCGUGUCGUGUAGCGCUCGCGUUUCCGGAUUGUCGUCCGCGAUUUGUACCAUUCCGGCCGAACACCACAGAUACAGGUCGAUCGCGGACGUUCUAAAUGACAUUAUUGCUGCAUCACUUAACUGUCCGUUUUUGUUUGUACCAACAUCUGUCAUUAACAAAGAUAUUUUAAAUAAAAGUAUAUGUUGUGCGGUUCAUUCUUCAAUAAUGCGACUAAAUGAUUCUAGUAUGGAAAAGUUAAUGGGUUUGAUAGAAACCUCAGUUAAAAUGCAAAUGUUCUCAUGUAAUGGUCCGAGGCAAGUAUUAUUAGUAACAUUGAAUCAUUUAGAUUCCAUCCGUGAACUGGCAUGUACUCAUCAGUUGAAACAAAACAUUGAUGUCAUACAACACAAUUUCUAUCAAACUUUUGAGAAAAUGACAAAUGGAGAAAUAAUGAGAGUACGUUAUGCAAUGUUGAAUUAUUUGCAAGAUAUACAUGUUAAAGUUACAAUAUUUAUUAAAGAAGGUUUACAACGAUACAACGGGUCAUUUGUUUCAGUGGGAAAAUGGGUGAUUCCAUAUGGAUGUGAAGCUCCAGGUGUUAUAAGAGUAUUCAAUAAAAAUAGUACUCUUAUCGACAUAAGUACAUUUCAUCCAAUAUCAUUUUACAAAGUAGAAACUGAAGUAGGUUCAAUUAAGCCUAAUAGUCCUCGGAUCACUACUCUUGGGCUUUCGAUAUUUAAUAUUAAUAAAAAUAUUAAGCAACCAUCUGAAGAAACAUCAGAUCCAUUAUUUAAUGGCCAGACUAGUCGUGAUGGAUAUAAACAAGAGAUGGAUCUUUUUGUUACCCAAUUGAUGGGAAAUGAUAAUGAUAGUAAAGAAAUCAGUGAUUUGGAUCUUGAAAUAUUAGAAACUUCAUUAAAUACAAAUGAAAACAAAAAAGAAGAAAAAAUUUCAGAACACAAUAUUUUAGAUUUUACUCAAAUUACUAGCAAUUUGUCUUUACAAAAUAUCAGAAUGGAAAUGGACGAUUCGGUUUCAAGACAGACUGGAGAUAUACUAAACAUGAUGCAGUUAUUAGAUUUAGAAUAA